AAAUCCUUGUAUGGAUUCUCCACAAACAGGUAAUAUUUGGUUGAUGGAAUUAUUACAUGGGAAUGAUAGGCGAUGUCAUACCAUGUUGAGGAUGGACAAAGAUGUAUUUUACAGAUUAUCUAAUGAGUUGCAAUCUAAUUAUGGGUUAAGGGGUUCUAGGAAUAUGAAUUCCAUUGAGAUAUUGGGAAUGUUUGUACACAUGCUAGGACAUGGUGUGGGGAAUAGGUUAGCACAAGAAAGAUUUCAACACUCGGGUGAGACAGUGAGUAGAUAUUUUAGUUACAUGUUGGAUGUUGUAUGUCGUAUGGCAAUGGAUGUCAUCAAACCGAUGGAUCGUGAAUUUAGUGAUAUUCCACAAGCAAUAUUGGGAGAUUCUAGAUAUAUGCCUCAUUUUAAGGAUUGUAUUGGGGCUAUAGAUGGAGUACAUGUUCAAGCUUCAAUACCACCUCAAGAUCAAGUACCUUAUAUUGGUAGGAAAGGGAUGCCAACUCAAAACGUUAUGGCCGUAUGUAACUUUGACAUGCAAUUUAUAUUUGCAUGUGCCGGGUGGGAAGGCACUGCACAUGAUACAAGAGUGUUUCUUUCGGUUCUACGCAAUGAAAAUUUAAAUUUCCCUAAGCCUCCAAGUGGGAAAUAUUAUUUAGUAGAUGCAGGGUACCCACAGAUGAGAGGUUAUUUGGGACCAUAUAAAGGCGAAAGGUAUCAUCUCCCGGAUUUUCAUAGGGGAAGCCAACCAACGGGUUAUAAAGAGGUAUUUAAUCAUGUUCAUUCUUCUCUUAGGAGCGUUAUUGAAAGAACCUUUGGAGUAUGGAAGAAAAGAUGGAAAAUUUUAAGAGAUAUGCCUAAUUAUCCAUUCAACAAGCAAGUGAAGAUAGUCAUUGCUACAAUGACACUUCAUAAUUAUAUAAGGAGGCAUGCCCAACGUGAUAGACAUUUUGAUGCUUCAAAUGAUAUCUUAAGUGAAGAGAUAGGUGAGGAUGUUGAUGUACAACAAGAACUUCAUAGUCUUCAUGACAAUGGAACACAAGAGAUGGAAGCAUUGAGAAAUAGCAUCGCUACAAGUUUAAUGAAUGCAUCUAAUUAGCUUCUUUUAUAUUGUAGUGAUCUAUUUGGGCAUGUUAAAAUUGAACAAUUUUUGUAUAUUUGUUAUGCUAACCCUCUUCGAAGCCCUCAAAACACAUUGUUAUUAUUAAUAUAACAAGCAUUUAGAACUA